UCUCCCCACCACCAUCCACACCUAUAUAUUGGAUAUCUUCUCUUUCCCUCUUCUAUUCAUCGUAUCUACAAAAACAAAAGUUCCGUAUUGUUGAAAUCUGGUGUUGUUAAUUAACAUGGGAUCUGGGUUAUCUUCAUUUCUUGGUAUCUACAGCGCACCGGCGGGUCCUCCGGUGACGGGUCUGGGUGAUUUGCCGGAGAGUGUUGUGGGGCCGGUUCUCGGAUACUUGAACCCGCAAGAGAUCUGCCGGGUCGCAGCGCUUAAUCGAGCUUUUCGGGCUGCUUCGUCUGCUGAUUUUGUGUGGGAAUCGAAAUUGCCUGAGAAUUAUAAGUCUAUUAUAUCCAGGGUGUUUGCUGAUGAUGACGAAUUUGGAUCAAAUUUGUGUAAGAAAGAUAUUUAUGCAAGAUUGUCAAGAGCUAAUUCUAUUGAUGGAGACACAAAGAAAGUUUGGUUGCAUAAGGGCACAGGAAAACCAUGUGUGUUGAUAUCUUUUAACGGUUUAACGAUAACUGGCAUCAAUGACCGGAGAUACUGGAGUCGAAUUCCCACCGAAGAAUCAAGAUUUCAUUUAGUGGCCUAUGUGCAGCAAAUUUGGUGGUUUGAAGUUUCCGGAGAGGUGGAGUUCCCGUUCGCGGUGGGAACAUACAGCCUGUCAUUCCGCCUACAACUUGGGCGGACCGGGAGGCGGUUUGGGCGGCGGGUGUGCAACUGUGAUCGGAUUCAUGGGUGGGACCGAAAGCCGGUGAGGUUCCAACUGACAACUUCUAAUGGUCAAAAAGCAGUAUCUGAAUGCAACUUGACCUCACCUGGGAUGUGGAAUCUUUAUCAUGUUGGUAAUUUUGUGGUUGAAGAUUCAAAGGUGCCAAUGAAGGUUAAGUUCUCAAUGAUGCAGAUUGAUUGUACACAUACUAAAGGUGGUUUGUGUGUGGAUUCAGUGCUCAUUUGUCCCAAAUAAAAUUUUUAGUAGAGGAUAUGUAGUGGGGUCUGGGUGCGUUGACCCUAAAAACCCUGACGUUGAAGAGAGAGGGAUGAGCUUGAGGAGAGAGGGGAGAGGGGGAAGUUCGUGGCCACAGACGGUUCCUUGGAGGAAUGGGGCGUUUUGUGAGAGGCAGAAUAAAAAGGAGAGAGGCGGGUCCGUUAGCUACUCGGUUUUUGGCCCGAAAAUCCAUCGUGGCCAUUCGUGAGCUCCGGUCCGCUUCUGAUGCUAUUAUUGGAAAUCAGAGGUUGGGAGAAUUUUUUUUAGAUUUGCAAAUAACCUUUUGGUAUGUAAAUAUAUAUGGGAUAAUAAUACACAUUGUUGGGUGUAAAAA